AUGUCAACAAUUACAGAAAUGAAUAAAGACCAAGUAGCCUGUACAAUGUGCUCUUCCUGCGACAACCCAUGCCAGCCCAUUAUAUCUCCACCGCCACCAUCUCUUCCACCGCCGUCUCCUCCGCCACCGGCAUCCGGGUCCAAUUGUCCUCCACCUCCUUCACAACCCAGUGAUGGUGGUGUGUACUACUACUCACCCCCUCCACCCGCGCAACAGUCUGAUAAUUACUCACCACCCUCCGGCGGCGCGUACUAUCCCCCUACUAACCCUUACGGAAACCCCAUUCCACUACCUCCGAACCCUAUUGUUCCAUACUUCCCUUACUACUACUACAGCCCUCCACAACCUUCUGCUCAUUCCGAUUCCAACUCCGUGCAAUUGAAAAGCCAUUCACCUGUUUCUUCCCUCAUUAUUUUACUUGCUUCACUCUUCCUUAUCUGA